UCUCCCCCUCUACACGACCAGCAGACCGGCCUCUGCUCAUCGAGGGGAGGGAUGCGCGGCGGCUGUUCCGCUCUCUCUACGUCACCGGGCAGUUUAUUCAACGGCUUUUUUUUUUUUCCUUUUUUUCGAAUGUCGCCGAUUCGAACGUUCGGACGGUUGAGAAGGCCGUUACACCGACCGUUGGUUAGCAACCAGCUAGCCAGCUAGCUAGCUAGCUAGCUCGGGGUUAAUCUCCGCGAGUCCGCUUUUGUUGUUCUCCGUAGCAACGAGGAGUCACGUGGAGGAGGGAGGAAGGAGCGCGAGACGUGAGGAAACGCUUGUUUAUGUUAAUUCUGAUUCCGGGGUGGAUGACGUCAGCAGCACCGGACCACGCUAACAGGUCGGUGUGUGUGCGUGUGUCUGAGGUUGUUGUCUUCUUGUGUGUCUCCUCUCUCCUCCUCCUCCUCCUCCUCCUCCCGCAGACCUUCACGCCUCUAUGCGGGGCUCCCGGUAGCCGCGGUCAUGCUGAAGUGUAUCCCGCUGUGGCGGUGCAACCGACACGUCGAGUCGGUGGAUAAGCGACACUGUAACCUGCAGACGGUCCCCGACGAGGUGUUCCGCUACAGCCGCAGCCUGGAGGAGCUGCUGCUGGACAACAACCAGCUGAAGGAGCUGCCCAAGCCUUUCUUCAGACUACUGAACCUACGGAAGCUCGGCCUCAGUGACAAUGAGAUCCAGAGACUCCCUCCUGAGGUGGCCAACUUCAUGCAGCUGGUGGAGCUGGACAUCUCCAGAAAUGACAUUUCUGAGAUCCCCGAGAGCAUUAAGUUUUGCAGGGCCCUGGAGAUCGCUGACUUCAGUGGAAACCCCUUGUCCAGAUUGCCGGAUGGUUUCACUCAACUCCGAGCGCUGGCUCACUUGGCACUCAACGACGUGUCACUGCAGACUUUGCCCAACGACAUUGGAAACCUGGCCAACCUGGUGACGUUGGAGCUCAGGGAGAACCUGCUGAAGUCUCUGCCAGCGUCGCUCUCUUUCCUGGUGAAACUGGAACAGCUGGACCUGGGCAGCAAUGAACUGGAAGUUUUGCCGGACACCCUCGGUGCUCUCCCCAACCUGAGGGAGCUAUGGCUGGACCGUAACCAGUUGUCCUCAUUACCACCAGAGCUGGGGAACCUCCGGAGACUGGUGUGUCUGGAUGUGUCUGAGAAUCGUCUGGAGGAGCUUCCCUCAGAGCUUAACGGCCUCCUGGCUCUCACCGACCUGCUGCUCACACAGAACCUGCUGGAUGUCGUCCCAGACAGCAUAGGCUGUCUGAAACAGCUGUCCAUCUUGAAGGUGGACCAGAAUAGACUGACUAACCUGACUGAUUCAAUAGGCGAGUGUGAAAACCUCACAGAACUCGUCUUGACAGAGAACCUUUUACAGUCACUUCCUCGCUCGCUGGGCAAGCUGAAGAAGCUGACCAACCUGAAUGUAGACCGCAACCGUUUGGGCGGCGUGCCCAAAGAGCUGGGCGGCUGUGCCAGCCUCAACGUUCUCUCGCUGAGAGACAAUCACCUGGCCAAACUGCCUGCUGAGCUUGCAGAUGCCACCGAGCUGCAUGUGCUGGAUGUAGCCGGAAACAGAUUACAAAACCUGCCUUUUGCCCUCACAAACCUCAACCUGAAGGCCAUGUGGCUCGCAGAGAACCAGUCACAGCCGAUGCUCAAGUUCCAGACGGAGGAUGAUGAGCAAACAGGAGAGAAGGUGCUGACCUGCUAUUUACUCCCCCAGCAGCCUUCGCCAAGUCUAGAGAACUUGCUGCAGAACAGUGUGGAUGACAGCUGGACGGACAGCAACCUGAACCGAGUGUCAGUCAUUCAGUUCCAGGAAGAGACCAAGGCUGAGGAUGAAGAUGAUGAGGCCGCUGCAGAACGCAGAGGCCUUCAGCGCAGAGCCACACCACACCCUAGUGAGCUGAAGGUCAUGAAGAAAGUGAUUGAGGAGAGGAGGAAUGAAGCUUACACGUCCAGAGCUGAAGGAGAGGAAGAGUCCCCCGAUCAACAGGUACAUCGGCUCAGUGACCUCUCCAAUCAGAGCCACGACUCCCAGGUGUCCAAUAGCACGCUGUCGGCCACUUCCCAUGAGGACAGACUAAACAGGACUGCAGCCUCGCAGAGGGAGGACCUAGUAGACGGCCACUACCAUCAGGAUGAGUACGAGCUGGAUGAGAUGGAGGUGGAAUACAUUGAGCCGUCUGUGCACUUUGCAGAGGAGCCCAUCAUCCGCGGUUUGGAAGAGGACGACGGGGAGGACGGUGAGAGGAGUGAAGAGGAAGAGAGGCCGCCUAUUUCCGCAGAGAAGCAGCGUCUGAUCAGAAAGGACACGCCGCACUACAAGAAGCACUUCAAGAUCAACAAGCUGCCCAAACCCGAGGCGGUGGCUGCUCUGCUGCAGGGCUUCAGUCCUGACAGCCUCAACUCUCCGACACAGGCUGCUGAGGACGAGCAGGACGAGGAGGAAGAGCAAAGUUUAUGCAUCCUUCAGCAUCAUAACAGAAUGGAGGAGCUCGAAGACAGCCGGCUGCAGGUCAACUCCAGUCAAGUAAAGGGGGUGUCAUUUGAUCAAGUCAAUAAUCUGCUGAUUGAACCUGCUCGAAUUGAGGAGGAAGAGCACAACCUGACCAUCAUGCGACAAACUGGCGGCCUGGGAAUCAGCAUUGCUGGAGGGAAAGGAUCCACACCGUACAAGGGGGAUGAUGAGGGAAUCUUCAUCUCCAGAGUAUCUGAAGAGGGUCCUGCAGCCAGAGCGGGUGUUAAAGUGGGAGACAAACUCCUAGAGGUGAAUGGAGUGGACCUCCACGAAGCAGAGCAUCACACGGCGGUUGAAGCUCUCCGCAGCUCCGGUGCUACAGUAUCCAUGUCCGUGCUGCGGGAGCGAAUGGUGGAGCCAGAGAACGCCAUCACGACCACGCCGCUGAGGCCGGAGGACGACUACUUCCCACGGGAGAGACGGUGCAGCGGCAUCGCCUUCAACAUGGAGGCGACUCCCAGCGUGCCUCACCAGCGGUUCUCCACCUGCCUGAUCCGAAACGACAAGGGGCUCGGAUUCAGCAUCGCCGGGGGAAAGGGCUCCACGCCCUUCCGCACGGCAGACACGGCGAUCUACAUCUCUCGGAUUGCAGAAGGGGGAGCAGCACACAGAGACAGCACACUGCAUGUCGGCGACAGGGUGAUCUCUAUCAAUGGUGUAGACAUGACAGAGGCCAGGCAUGACCAGGCAGUAGCGCUCCUUACCGGCACCUCCCCCACCAUCUCCCUCCUGGUGGAGCGAGACCCGAACGCACCAGGGGGCUCUCCGGGUCAGUCCCGGGCACGAGCCCACUCCCCUCCUCCCCCAGAGCCCUCAGAUUCACCGGACCAGGAGGAGGACGGCCUCAACCUUCAUGGGAACAACCUGAGUCGGAUGGAGGACGAGUAUCCCAUCGAGGAAGUAACCCUGCUGAAGUCAGGUGGCCCUCUAGGCCUGAGCAUCGUGGGAGGCAGUGACCACGCCAGUCACCCGUUCGGCAUCAAUGAACCCGGGGUGUUCAUCUCAAAGGUGAUUCCUCACGGUCUGGCGUGUGAAAGUGGACUUCGUGUCGGGGACAGAAUUUUAGAAGUGAACGCCAUCGACCUGCGUCACGCCACCCACCAGGAAGCUGUGCGAGCGCUGCUGGCCAACAAGCAGGAGAUCCGUAUGUUAGUGCGGCGGGACCCUUCACCGCCUGGGAUGCAGGAAAUUGUGAUCCAGAAGCAGCCGGGGGAGAAGCUUGGCAUUAGUAUUCGUGGAGGGGCCAAAGGUCAUGCAGGAAACCCCUUUGACCCCACAGAUGAGGGCAUCUUCAUCUCUAAGGUGAGUUCGAGCGGUGCAGCAGCAAGAGACAGCCGACUGCAGGUUGGCAUGCGUAUCCUGGAGGUGAACAACCACAGCCUGCUGGGGAUGACGCACACAGAGGCAGUGCGGGUGCUUCGAGCCGUGGGAGACUCUCUGGUCAUGUUGAUGUGUGACGGCUUCGACCCACAGAAAGUGGCCGCUGUAGAGGCGUCUCCCGGCAUCAUUGCCAACCCAUUUGCUUCAGGCAUCGUGCGUAAGAACAGUAUGGAAAGCAUCUCUUCUAUAGACCGAGACCUGAGCCCAGAGGAGAUGGAAAUCAUGCAGAAGGAGUCUGAGAUGGUGAGAGAGACGUCGCAGUGGGAACGAGAAGAGAUGGAGAAAGUGGAGCGUAUGCGUUUGGAGCGUGAGGAGGCAACUCGCCUGCUAGAAGAGGAGACUGAGAACAUUGGAACUGGACCUCUAAAACUUGACUAUAAAACCCUGGCGGCUCUGCCCACCACCAGUCUGCAGAAGCUCAACAGGGCACCUCCUUCUGAUUUCACGAGGACUGAGAGUCCGAUCAGAGAGGCCCCCUACUCCCCCACCAUCCAACCGGCUAACCUUCAUUACACUUCCACUCCUACUGCCAACAAUGACCACACUUCAUCAUCAACUCGACCGGGUGCCAUCCAACCAGUCGGGCGCGUGCGGCAGAGCCUCCCCGCCACUCCGGAAGGCCACAGUCCUAACCCCUUCCAGCAUGGCCCCUCCCCCUUCGACUCCCAGACCUCUGACCUGUAUGGUGUGAGGAACAAUAAUUUCAGCCCGAAGCAGCCUUCUCCAGAGCCUGAGUUGAACAACGAGGUGUUUGACGAUGACAUAGACGGUCAGUGGGGAGCCGGUAAGGGUCUGACCAGCAAGGUCUCCCCCCUGCCCCCCCUCUCACCUGACCGUCAGGAUUACGUGAACCUGGCAGCAGUGCCUCGCCUCUCCAGGCCCUCCUGGGACCUGCAGACUCCCUCUCCUGGUGGAAAGAGCAGCCCAGAGCAGCGCUCCUUCAGGGACCGACAGAAGUACUUUGAGAUCGACGUGAAGCAGCAGACGCCGGAGAAACCCAAACCUCGAGUGUCUCUUGUUGGAGAAGACGACCUCAAGAAAAUGAGGGAAGAAGAAGAGAGGAAGUUUGAGCAGCGAGCGCGGGAGUACCUGCUGGAUGAGGACGAGGAGGACGAUGAAGAGGACAUGGCUAAGCAGGUGGCACAGAUGAAGGCAACUGGUAAAGUGUUACUGGACGGAGUGGAGUACAACGUAGAGCCAAUAUCCUCCCCGUCGCCGCACUGCGCCACGCCACCGAGCUACAACGUCACGCCACCGAGCUACAACGUCACGCCACCGAGCUACUGCGGCAGCUCAGGGCCGUCCUCUGUUGACGGAAAGGGAGAGUCCCAGAGGAAUUCACUGGAGGACAGCUUCAGGCUGGAGCAGAGGCCCAACUCCAUGACCGGUCUGAUCCCAUCGUACACCGGGGACUCGGCGGCUCCCAUCCGCACGGCCAAAGCAGAGCGCCGGCAUCAAGAGAGACUCCGUAUGCAGAGCCCCGAGCUGGCUGUGUCCCCCGACAAGGACCUGUCCCCCGCUGAGAAACGAGCUCUGGAGGCCGAGAAGAGAGCCAUGUGGAGGGCAGCACGAAUGAAGUCUCUCGAGCAAGACGCACUGAAAGCACAGAUGGUCAUCGCCAAGUCUCGUGACGGAAAGAAGCGCGGCACAAUGGACCAGCUGACGGAGUCGCCGUCGCCCGCCCCCACACCCUCUCCCACGCCUAUGGAAGAGCUCAGUCCUCGAGGAGUAACCUCUCCAGGACGGCUGUCCCUGUCGUCAAAGAAGUUUGACUACCGACAGUUUGCUGCCAUUCCUUCUUCCAAACCCGUAUACGACAUCCAGACCCCUGAGGCAGUUGAGGACCUGCAGUUCAUUGACGACGGCUCCAGCAACCCAGUGCCCGCUGCAAGCCCCGAGGUCGAGGUGUCCACCCAACUGCCUGCCACCUCAGCUCUGGAGGAGAUGGCCCUGUACAGCAACAAGCGCAAACUGAGGCAGGGCCGCCGCAGCCUGGAGACCGCCGUGCCCACGUAACACCUCACACCGAGAGGAGAACGCUGAAGACAAAGUGCGAACACACACACAACCCCCAUUAAGAUUCACCGUGGGACACAACGGUGCAUCCACAGGAGGUGCAGAGUCACAUAACACUACACACAGUGUCAGUAGAGUCCCGUAUAUAAACCACUGCAGAGACUACGGCGCUGAUAGUCACCACAUACACACUCACUUAUAUCCUGCGUGCCAGUCUUGCCUAUACAGUCUGUGGAUAAAGAGCAGCGUGGCAAGAACGAGCUAGCGUGGUUAGCUAGGAUUGCUACUUACAGACCUCUUAAAGAUCUUUUUUUUUUGUUGCUGUACACUCAGUUUAUCAAGUAGAAGCUGAUCUAUUUUUUAAGAAAAAAAAGGAGGUGACCGAAGUUUUUAGUUUGUUUUUUCGCACCGCCAAUGAUUUUGAUGUUUAAAAAAGAAAAAAAAACACACAUACUGGAAGAGAAAAGAAAUGGAUCAUAGCUAUACUAACUUCUUGAAUGAUAUUUUUAGGCUUUCAGUGAAUAGAUGUCAGGGGUUUAUUGAGACUUGGGCGGACAGGAGUGUAUAUAUUAAUUGAGGAGGGAACAUCCUGCUACCUUCACACUCACAAAAUGUGGAGAGCUUUUUAAAAACAACCAAUAGGACAUAUCUUUUUUUGCACUGUGUUUAUCUGAAGUAAUUUAUUGUUUUUAGCGUUUUAUUCAAAUUGAUGCCUUCUAUUUUAACUGAUCCGGUCCUUUUGGGCACAAAGAGCAUGACUUUACCUUUUUAAAGAUAGUUAUGAGGGAUACUCUCAACUAAGGAAUAUCUUAUCACUUUUACAUCUUUUAAUCUACUUUAUAUAAACACUCAUAGACCUGUUUCAGAGAGAAGCAUAUCUAGAAACUAGAUUAAUUGGACAAAUUAUAGCUGUUGCACUGAAAUGGGUCAUACCUGUGAUUGACUGCGUUACAUUCCCCUUGUAGAGAAUAUGACUACGCUGGAGGCAGCAGCAUUGGACAGGCAGUUUUACAAAAACAGAUCACAAUAUCAAAUAUUAAAGUUUGGAAACGUGCAUUUUUAGUAACAUUUUUUUAAUUAACGGUACUCACCCUGCCCUGUUAAGGGUAAUUAUUUUUUACUUAUUAAUGUGAAUCAUUCAUUUCUAUCCUUGAACUAUCUGGAGGUGAUCCAGAGUGAUGUGAAGGUAGCAGAUGUUUUUAUUUUUCUGUCUAUGGUUAAUUUAAAUCUGACGCCACUGAAAAAUCAUUUAUUAUUGUGUGAAUAAUGUACAAAUACUGAAAGGAAAAGCAAACGUUUGGGGUUUGAAACUGAGCCAGUCUUGACCGAGACCAAGCGAGAGUCUGGACUGCUGAGGCAUCUGGGUUUGGACGGGCUUAGUAUCGGGAUGCUCUCUGCGUGUAUAUUGGUUUGUUAAUGGGAGAGCUGGGAGAGGCAGAACCAAUUAGAAAUACAUUGUUCUCAUUCAAUUCAUUGCUCGACAUACUGUCAGUUUAUGUAUUGAUGGGUAUUUUUUGCAGAAUCACAGGAAAGUAGAGUUUGUUAAUUUAAUGUAGGUCUUCUAAUGAUAGAUAUCCAUGUUGCUCUCACUGACUGAAAUUCAGUUUGUUUGAUUACAUUUGAAAUGGCUGAUAUCUCCUUUUUUUAACUUACAGUAGGUAAAUCUUUUUUUUUUUUUUUUUUUUCGAUGGGUUUCACUACAUUAUUCAUGCAGUGUUUCAAGUUUUUGUGUUUAUUCUUUCGUCUCGAGUUCUCUUUGGGGGAAUUUACUUGCAAAUAGGUCGGAGGGAAAGGGUCAAAGGUCCCGGGGUUAAGGGGUAGAGCUCAUACCAGACUGUAACUAGUGAAUUUGUACAACCAAAGAAGUCUAUUUUGUGGUUCAGGAAUAAUAAAUUUUACUUUUCAUUUAAGAAGCUGA